AUCUUAUUGCAAAAACUAAAACUAGUUGGAAUCACAGGAAGUGCAUUUCUAUUACUCAAAUCAUACUUAACUGGUCGUACUCAAAGAUGUGAAGUCAAUGGAUCUAUUUCAGGGGAAAACGACGUCAAAUGUGGUGUACCCCAGGGGUCUAUAUUGGGGCCACUAUUCUUCUUACUCUAUAUUAAUGAUCUACCUGCAUGUCUGAGUAAAACAAAACCACGGCUGUUUGCUGAUGAUACAAAUAUCACAGCAGCUGGAGAAUGCUUAAGUGAUCUUGAAGAUGCAGUAAACUCAGAUUUAGAAAUGCUUCGUAAAUGGCUCAUGGCAAACAAACUGAGCUUGAAUGUGGCGAAAACUGAAUUUCAAAUUAUUGGUACUAAACAGAUGCUGAAGAAAGCUUCUGUUCAGCAACUUAAAAUUCACAUUCAAAACAUACCCAUAAAGCAGGUUUUUCAAUGUAAAACACUAGGUGUGACUGUUGAUGAAAAUUUGUGUUGGAAGAGCAAUACAGAUAAUAUAUGUAAAAAGAUAUCAUCUGGAAUAUACGCUCUUAAAAGCAUUAAAGAAUAUGUUGAUCAAAAAACACUCGUUUCC